GUCUGUGUCUGUUGAAGACAGAGAGUUGUGAGAGAAAGAAGCCGCUGAGGAGGAACGACCAAAGAGAAAUUAAAGCCAUGGCUGUGAAUAAAUGCAUCAAAUACCUUUUAUUCUUCUUCAACCUUCUGUUCUGGCUCAGUGGCUGCAUCAUCCUUGCCGUCUCCAUCUACCUGAGAGUUGGCAACAAAAUAAGCAUGAUCACCGAUGACACUGUUGCUGGCGUCAACCUGAUGAUCGCCAUCGGAGCGAUCAUCAUGGUGCUCGGCUUCCUGGGCUGCUGCGGAGCCAUCAGAGAGAACCGCUGCAUGCUGCUGAUGUUCUUCAUCAGCAUCCUCAUCAUCUUCAUCCUCCUGCUGGCAGCGGGCAUCCUGGGAGCCAUAAAAUCAAAUCAGGUGAAUGAAUGGGUGAAGAGCAAUUUCGAAAAGUUGCUCCCACUUUCAAAUCAACCACCUGAUGUGAAAGCAGAUCUGGAGAGCAUGCAGAAGCAGCUGCAGUGUUGUGGUGUAUUGAAUGGGCCAUCAGACUGGAGUAGCCAGGUUCCCAGCUCCUGCAACUGCAAUGCCACACAGCCAGCAUGUUCAAACGGCGUCUACAGCACGCCCUGCGCUACCCAAAUCACCAAUCUGCUGCAGAAAAACAUGCAGGUGGUGCUGGGAAUUGCCUUCGCCGUCGCCAUCCUGAUGAUUUUCGGCAUGGUCUUCUCCAUGAUUCUCUACUGUCAGAUUGGCAGAAAGGAGGCCACCGUCACCACUGCCUGAACACUCACACAUGGCCACGCCCCCUCGCUGCCUGGCUACAGCCAAUCAGCAGUGCCCAGAUGACCUGCGUAACAUGCAUCAUUUAACCUCAGUGCUACUGUACCUUAACCCGUGCUUUACUGUGAAGGAACACGCUGAUAUUGUGGUUUAAAUUUCAUCUCAUAAAUACAUUAUAUAUGAAUAUGGAGUCUUAUAGUGACAAAAUAGUGGAAAUGUUCAAUAUAUAAAUGUUUUUUGGCUAAAUGCUGCAGAAGUGAAGCGAGGAGGUGUAAAAUUAACCAGUGAUUACAGGAGGGUAAAAUAAAAGUCUUAAAUCGAGUGAAUAAAUUAAAGACAUUUCUUACAUUUAUUUUUGUUGAUAUAAUAAAAGUGAAAAUGAUAUUGUUGUAGGAGUAAAACAAAAAUAAAAAUGUGUCAAAUAUCAGCGUGUUCCUUUAACUGUAUAGAAAUCCUGUGAAAACUAUUACUUUUUACCAACAACUCAUAUCAAAACCAAAGUAUAUAACUAGUUUAACAAAACAUUAGUCUAUGUUGUCGUUUAUACUUUGGGCUCAAGGAACAACAUGUAGGAAUAUUAUUGUCAAUAACACUGUUUAAAUCAGUUAUUAUGUAAAGCUUAUUAUGUAUGGAAACCCAUUACUGCCAAAAUAAUAAAAUCAAUAAAUGUGGGUACGUAUGAUUAAAAUAUUAAAUCCUCAUUCCUGUAAUAAGUUACUAUCUCAUGACAGAUUUAUUCAUAAAUCAUUAUUAAUUCUCAUAAUUAUGACAAAUUCUUAAAUUCUGUUUUACUUACACUCAGAUCUAGACUUUUUAUUAAUGCAGUUUAUUUUGCUGUUUCAUUGUGUAAAUUAUCCUUGUGUUACAUGAAAGAUGCAUCAAAAUUGAAUUAUUAUGAUGAAAUAUUGAUUUAUAGUUCUGAGAUAUCUAAGAAGAAUUGUUUCUGCAAUGCCUUAUUUUUUAUGUUUAGUUUUCUUUUUGGCAGGAAUGGGCUUCCACAGUUUUUUGUCCAAACAUAUACUGCUAUAACUGUCUGUUGCAAUGUCUGCUGCCAUCUUUGGUUACUAUUAAUCCUCAGGAAGAUGAAGUUGUGGUGUGUGCACUUACACUGUUCUAACAUAAGAUAUAAUAACUAUAUUGGCAUUAUAAAACAACCCUUGAAUUUGACGCUGCUGCAUAGAUUUAAUAUCUUAGAUCACAUUGUUAUAUUACUCAGUACUUUGAUUAUUUUACAUUAUACAUAUUUGUAGUGUAGAAGUAGUAAUCUUGUAGAGCAAAACUUGAUUUCUUUUUCUUGUUUCUUUGCACCAAAUCUUGUUACUGUUGCAUUUAUGAAUGCUUUUGUUUUUUUGAAAGGCACUGGUUGAAAUCUGUUAUGCGUUUGUUUUGUAACCUAACUGAAUUUAGUUUGAGAAUGUGUCAUACUAUACAAGAAGUUCUCUAAAAUUUGCUGUUUUAUUUUAGUUUUUGUAGUUUGCUUCCACCAGGGAAAUAAAACUAGACUUGAGAACCCCAUAAUUAUACUAAUAUAAUGGUUAAAUUCAAUUCUAAGAGACAUAAUUUGUCAUACAAAUGGGACGCAUUACAAUUCAUAUUUUCUUACAAGAAGAUGCUUCCGCAUUCUCCAGUAUUUUCCAAAAGAGGGUUUAAUAUCAAAAGAAUAAAUGUACCUUCUUAAGAUGAUUUGUGUGGACCCCUCUGACCCCACCCUACAUGACUCUGACUGAUCUGAAUGCUGUGAUGAAAUGUAACAGAGGAUGUUGUUUGUUCGCUGUCUUGACAGCCUGAUAUUUUCCUGUGCGAGCGUCUGCAGCCUGUUGUUUUAAAUGGUUUUUAUCAUUGCAGCUGUCUAAAUACAAUAAAUGAUGAAGGGAAGCUCUG